AUGGCUCCACCAAAACCCCCUAACCCUUCUCCCAAAGAACUUAUUGAAGAGGCUGUCCAAAUCUCUACCCUCCACCUCAACAAUGCAAUGCAUGACACUCAAGAGCAAAUGGAUGAAAGGUUUGCUCAACUCUCUUCAGAUUUAUCAAACCUCCAAACACGGUUAGACAAUGACAAAUCUGUUGAAGACUCUAGGUAUGAGUCUCUCAUGGCUAUUCUUACCAAGAUUUCCUUACAAAAGGAGCUCCAAUCUGCCUUGACAGCAGAUUCUGCUACUGUUCAUGUCACAGCACCUGCCUCGUCUACUGUUCACGACACUGUUCGUCCCUCCGUUACUGUUCACGGAACAGUUUCCCCCCACGCUACUGUUCAUGGAACAGCUAGCCCCUCAGGUACGGUAUUCAAUCCUUCUUCUAUUCCUAGGGUUACAGCCCCAUUUUCCCAUGUCCUUUCCCCAUCCAACACACCUAUGAGACAUUCUGCUACCUUUUCUACCACAAUUCCUCAACCCACACCUUUGAGAAACAAUUAUACGACCUUUCCCCACCCUUUUCCAACAUACCCACCAAUCCCAACAGUAUUGUCUUACAGCCAACCUUAUACCUUGCCCUUUUCCCAAAUUCCACCACAAUUUUCCCAAUCUAACCUUUCUCACAUUCCCCCAUUACCAACUCUAAGAACCCCCAAACUUGAACUACCUAUGUUUGAUGGUUCAGCACCCCUUGAUUGGCUAUUUCAAGCGGAUCAAUUCUUUAACUUUUAUAAUAUGCCUCCGGAAAAUCGUUUGUCAUUAAUUUCAUUUUAUAUGAAGGGUGAUGCGUUGUCGUGGUUUAAAUGGAUGCAUCAAAGUCACUUAUUAACGGAUUGGUUUUCAUUUGUCAAAGCCUUAGAAUUACGUUUUGGUCCAUCUUCUUUUGACAACCAUCAAGCAGAAUUAUUUAAAUUGAAACAAGAGGGUUCAGUUGUUGAGUAUCAAACUAAAUUUGAGAAAUUAGGAACCCAAGUUAUUGGUUUACCGCCGGAUGCAAUACUCAAUUGUUUUAUUUCCGGUUUAUCAUGCGAGAUUCAAAACGAAAUGGCAAUUCAUAAACCUACAAAUAUUUCCCAAGCUAUUGGAUUAGCCAAACUAAUUGAAUCCAAAUUGAAAGAUUCCAAACCAAAAUUUCAAAAACCCUUUUCAACCCAAUACUCAAAACCCUUUUCCCCUUCAGCUAACCCAAAUCCCAAACCUUUCAAUUCUGUCCCAACACAAGCACCUCCCUUCCGCCCACAAACAGUCCCAAACCCAACAAAACUACCCAUCAAAAAGCUAACUCAAGCCCAAAUUCAGGAACGUAGGGCCCAAGGCCUAUGUUUUAAUUGUGACGAGAAGUUUUUUGUUGGCCACAAAUGUUCAAGUAGCAGAUUUCUAAUUCUAAUGGCUGAGGACGACUCUGUUUGUGAUACCCCUCUUGAGGAAGUUAAUUCUGAUCCAGAACGUGAACAGGACUUAAAUGACACAUACUUUCAGCUGUCUACCCAAGCCUUAACAGGCCAGUUUGCUCCCCAAACCCUUAAGUUCAAAGGCUUAAUUGGUGGUAUUUCCGUAAUGGUCCUUGUGGAUACAGGCAGCACUCAUAACAUUAUGCAACCUCGCAUAGCUCACCAUCUCAACCUCACACCCACACCUAUCACUCAAUUCUCAGUUAUGGUGGGUAACGGUUCGCACUUACAGUGUGAAGGGGUUUGUAAUAAUGUUCCUAUUAUGUUACAGAAUGAAACUUUCAAAUUACCCUUUUACUUACUACCAAUCGAAGGGGCAGAUGUUGUUUUAGGCAUGGCAUGGCUGCGAACAUUAGGACCUAUUCAAGCAGAUUUCUCUAUUCCUUCCCUCACCUUUUCCCAUCAAACGAACCAAAUCACACUCAAAGGUGAUCCCAAUAUACAUCCUUCCCAUACCACUUUUCACCAACUUAAACACCUCAUCCACACUAACUCAGUAGCUUCUUUCCAUCUUAUGAUCUUUCAACCAACCGAGCCACCAAAAACCACCUUUGACAAACCAGAACCAUUGUUUACAAUACCACCCGACCUUCACCCAAAUAUCAAAUCCUUACUCCAAAAAUACCAAACAAUUUUUCAACGUCCAGAAGGCCUACCCCCAACCAGACCUCAUGACCAUCAUAUCCCUCUUUUCCCCAAUACACCCCCCAUAAAUGUCAAACCUUACCGCUAUCCCCACUCACAAAAAACAGCCAUGACAACAAUCAUACAGGAUAUGUUAAAAGAAGGAAUCAUCACCCCCAGCCAUAGCCCAUUUUCAUCUCCUGUCCUACUUGUAAAGAAAAAGGAUGGAACAUGGAGAUUUUGUGUGGAUUACCGCGCACUAAAUGCUGUAACGAUAAAAGAUCGUUUCCCAAUCCCAACCAUCGAUGAACUUUUGGAUGAACUAGGCAAUGCAAAAUAUUUUACCAAGUUAGACUUACGCUCCGGCUACCACCAGAUCCGCGUUGCAUCGGAAGACACGCAUAAGACGGCUUUUCGGACUUUUGAUGGGCACUACGAAUUUCUCGUAAUGCCUUUCGGGUUAACUAACGCCCCUUCCACCUUUCAAUCAGCCAUGAAUGAUUUACUAAGACCCUACUUACGCAAAUUCGUUUUAGUUUUUUUUGAUGACAUACUCAUUUACAGUGAUAAUUUCUGUGAUCAUCUAACUCACUUGCAGGUUAUUUUUACUCUUUUGGAAUCUAAUGCAUUUGUGGUUAAGCUAUCCAAGUGUGUUUUUGCUGUUAGUCAAGUUCAAUACUUAGGUCAUGUUAUUUCUGUUGGAGGUGUUGCUCCAGAUCCAGAAAAAGUGCAAGCCAUGUUGGACUGGCCCACACCUUGUUCUCUCACGUCUCUCCGCGGGUUUUUGGGCCUCACCGGUUUUUAUCGUCGAUUUGUCAAGCAUUACGCCACUCUCGCCGCUCCCCUCACCGAUUUACUACGUUCCAGUAAAUUUACAUGGAGUACAGAGGCGGCCGAAGCCUUUACAGAACUCAAAACAAAAAUGACCGACAUGCCGGUCCUGGCUUUACCAGAUUUUACAAAGAAAUUCAUCGUCGAGACUGAUGCUUCAGGGGUAGCUAUUGGCGCAGUUCUGUCCCAGGAUGGUCAUCCUAUUGCCUACUUCAGCAAAAAAAUGUGUCCCCGCAUGCAAGCUUCCUCGGUUUAUAUUCGCGAAAUGUUCGCUGUAACAGAAGCAGUAAAGAAAUGGCGUCAAUAUCUUAUCGGACAGAGAUUCCACAUUUACACAGAUCAGAAAAGUUUGAGAAACCUAUUGCUACAGAGAAUACAAACACCGGAACAACAGAAAUGGGCUUCAAAACUACAGGGAUUUAAUUUCGAGAUAUUUUACAAACCUGGGAAAUCGAAUCUGGUUGCUGAUGCGUUGAGUAGAAAAUUUCAUUCUGAAGAUUCCUUGCUGCUGGCCUUCUCUUCCCCUAUUCCGAAUCUCCUAGACACGCUUCGAGAGUUUUAUGCAACAGACAGAGCAGGGCAAAUUUUAGUAUCAGAGAAUACUUGUAAAAAUGAUCUUAACACACCAUACAGGUUUUCUAAAGGCUUACUCUACUACAAGGAUCGACUGUUCAUACCUGACAUUAAUCAGCUCCGCCUUAGCAUCUUGAAAGAAUAUCACAACACACCCACUGCGGGGCAUUCUGGUGUAAAGGCGACUUUGGCGCGAGUAUCGACUUCCUUUUUGUGGCCAGGCAUGGUAAUAGCAGUAAAAAACCUGGUCAAAUAUUGUAGUGUUUGUCAGCAUAACAAGUAUGAAACUCAGAAAAAGAAGGGCCUGCUACAACCACUUCCGAUACCUAAUCAAGUUUGGGAGGAGAUCACAAUGGAUUUUAUAACAGGCUUACCUAACUCCUUUGGUUACACAACUAUCUGGGUUAUUUGUGAUCGUUUAACCAAAUUUGCUCAUUUCCUUGCGCUGCCUUCCAAGUUCACAGCCAAAGAUCUUGCCAUCCGUUUCUCUGUCGAAGUAGCACGCCUUCAUGGAACCCCUAAAUCAAUCGUUUCGGAUCGCGAUCCCUUGUUCCUGAGCCACUUUUGGAAGGAGUUCUUUAAAAUACAAGGAACAACCCUGAAAUUUAGCACAGCUUAUCAUCCUGAAACGGAUGGUCAAACAGAAGUUGUGAAUAGAUCUGUGGGGACUUACCUUCGGUGUUUUACCAGCGAUCAACCUCGCAAAUGGUUUAAGUUUCUUCAUCUUGCUGAAUACUGGUUCAACACAUCCUUCCAUACAGCAAUCAACAUGACGCCAUUUAAAGCCUUAUAUGGAAGAGACCCACCCAAGAUCCCUGACUAUGUAUGCGACUCAGUGGAGGACGAUGCCCUUCGAGAUUCUCUGCAAGAACGUAAUAACAUUUUGACAAAAUUAAAAGCCAACUUAAAGAAGAGUCAAAUCCAAAUGGAAAAGCAAGCAAACAAUAAACGGAGAGAUUUCACCUUCCAAACAGGUGACUUGGUUCUGUUGAAACUUCAACCCUACAGACAACAAACGGUUAGUAGGAGAACUUCUCAAAAGUUAUCAAAACGAUUCUUUGGUCCAUACAAAGUUAUCCAAAGGGUCGGCGAAGUAGCUUACCUAUUAGACCUGCCUUCAUCAUCAAAGGUACACCCAGUUGUCCAUGUUUCCCUCUUGAGGCCGUAUUUUAGCAACACCGCGUCUGAAGGAUUUCGACCUCUUCCCGGAGACGCCGCUUUAAGCUUCGAUAACUCGCUGGUGGACGAUUCUCAACCCCCCUCCAUGGAUGAUACUCGCAUGCUAUUGCCUUCGGCAGUAACUGAUAUCCAAGACAAAGGUAAGAAUAAGGGUUCUGAGAAGGGAGAGCAAAAACAAGCUGAGAAAGAGAGGAAAUAUUCAGAGAAGGGAGACGUGAAACAAGUAGAGAAAGAGUUGAAGUGUUCAAAGAAUGAAGGGACAAAGAGUGAAUCUGUGGGAGUAAUUGAAGAGUGUGGUACUACUCUUAACUUUCCCCAACGUAUAGUUCCUUCACGUGCUAAAGGGAGUUCCAAGAUUGUGAGUCCCAAAGCCAAUACAGCUGUAGCCGCACCUGCUACCCACCAUCUUCCAACACGUGUCCCAGGGCCCCACGCUCCAGAAGACUUUUCCCUUCCCCAACACGCUUUCGGUUCACGUGACUGCACUUUGCCACUUGCUUUUAAUAAUUCAAACACACAACCAGCUGUAAACCAUACUUUCCCAACUACCCCCACUUAUCCCACAUCCCCACACAACACGUGUCUCCCCACCUCACCGAAACCACCUCACUCAAAUUCCCCACCGUCCAUUCAAAAUCCUUUAUUUCCAUCGGCCCCCAACCCUAAUUUAUCUCCCACACCCUUUUCCACACGACCCGGCCCAAAUUCGGUUUCCUGUGGGCCAACUUCUCCAUCUAUGAACCUUGAGGACAAGGUUCUUUUGGACCCAAUGAGUAUUGUUAGGGACAGGCCCAUUAGAGAGAAAAAGCCUUCUAUUUUACUUAAAGAUUUUUAUUACUAA